AAGAGGGUUACGAAAAAAUCUCCCGCGACCAGAAACUCUUCUAGUGUACAGUUUAAGCUUCAAGCUUAACUGCUCAACAUCCACCGGUGCCGGUGAACUUCUGAAUUGUAAGUUUUAAAUCUAAACAACCAGCCGCGAAACAGGUGAGGAAACUAUUUCACUAAUUUUGUUUUUGUUUACUCAAUAUCGCUGUACCAUUUUCGUUUGUCUCCUAUAUAAAAAUCCUGUAAUGGAUCCACAACUGUUGCUUUCCUCAAGAAAACCCUCGUCCCCGGCACCUUUAUCGCUUUUUCCGUCGUGCCCAUCUUCUUUUCGUGAAAGACCCAACUUCUCUAUCAAAACUCAUCUUUCCUUCUCAACCAAACAUGCGGACAAAACCACAUUUAUGGGGACACGUUUGGUUUUAAAUGACAAGAAUCCUGGACUCUGUAAUCAGAGAAGAGCAUGUUUGCCAUUUCACCCAAUAACAGCUGCUGUCAAGAGAAGAAAAGAGCUUGCCUUUGACAACGUUAUCCAACGUGACAAGAAGCUGAAACUGGUGUUAAAAAUAAGAAAGAUUUUGGUUAGUCAACCUGAUAGAAUAAUGUCGCUUAGAGACUUGGGCAGGUACCGAAGGGAAUUGGGCCUCGGUCGGAAACGUCGUUUUAUUGCUUUAUUGAAGCGGUUUCCUGCUGUUUUUGAGAUAAUGGAAGAAGGGGUUUAUUCUCUCAAGUUCAAAUUGACCCCUGAGGCCGAGCGGUUAUAUUUGGAGGAAUUGAAAAUGAGGAAUGAAAUAGAAGAUUUGCUCGUUGUCAAGUUGAGGAAAUUAUUGAUGAUGUCCUUAGAGAAGCGGAUUCUAUUAGAGAAGAUUGCUCAUUUGAGGACUGACCUCGGGCUUCCUUUAGAAUUCAGGGACACAAUUUGUCAUAGAUAUCCUCAAUAUUUUAAGGUCGUUCGUACUGAGCGGGGCCCUGCAUUGGAGUUAACCCAUUGGGAUCCCGAGUUGGCUGUCUCUGCGGCUGAACUUAGUGAAGAAGAGAAUCGUGCUAGAGAAUUGGAAGAGAAGAAUUUGAUCAUUGAUAGGCCUCCCAAGUUCAAUAGAGUAAAGCUACCCAAGGGUCUCAAUCUUUCAAAAGGUGAGAUGAGAAGGAUAUGCAAGUUUAGAGAAAUUCCUUAUAUAUCUCCAUAUGCUGAUUUCUCAGAAUUAAAGGCUGGUACACCAGAGAAAGAAAAGCAUGCCUGUGGAGUUGUUCAUGAGAUCUUGAGUCUCACUGUUGAGAAGAGAACACUUGUGGAUCACCUUACUCAUUUCAGAGAAGAGUUUAGGUUUUCUCAGCAGCUGAGGGGAAUGUUGAUCAGGCACCCUGAUAUGUUCUAUGUGUCCUUGAAGGGGGAUAGAGAUUCGGUUUUCCUACGGGAAGCCUAUCAUAACUCCCAAUUGAUUGACAAGGAUCGGUUAUUAAUUAUCAAGGAGAAACUUCGUGCACUUGUUGCAGUUCCCCGAUUCACAAGGAGCGGUGCACCCAAGAUGAAUAUGGAUGGCAGUGAGGAUGCUGACAGUGCUGAUAACUCAGAAGUAGAAAGUGGUGAAGAGGAGGCUGGUGAAUGGUCUGAUGUUGACAACUUAUUGAGCAAUGAGUUUGGUGAUGAUGACUUUGAUGAUUACAAUGAUGAUGAGGAUGAAUGGAGUGAUGAAGAUGAUGACAUGCCCCCAGAUUUUGAUGAUGUUGAUGGAAGCAGAAAUAUUAGAGAGACUGAACUAGUUAAUCAAGUUGAGGUCUUGAGAAACUAUGAAGAAAGGGUUCCUGUAUUCCCUGAUGGUCGGCCAAGAGAACGCUGGUGAUAAUAAAAAUUAUCAUGGAGUUUGACCCUGGAUGCAUGGUAAGAGAAAAUAACUUUAUUGCUUUGUCAGAUGUUCUUUUCAUGUAGAAACAUCCUUGAGAGGCAAGAGUAAGUUGUUGCAAAGAUAUCUGUUUUUCCACUGUCCUUCCAUAUAAGGUAUAACCAGUUGCCAGAAUUCCUAUUUGUCACAAUUAAUGUCUGAUAUCAGUAAAAAGGAGGCUUUUUGUUGGUUGUAGUUCAAAUUACCUUGUUCUAAUGUGACCAAUUUACCUUUCUUGGUGGUGUUGGGAACUAUAUAAAUUUUGAAGUUUUUUUUUUUUUUUACCUCUCUGUUCUCUCCUGAUUUAGAUAUUCCAACGAACCUGAUUGAACAAAGAUCUGUUCUGAGCCUUAUCUGCUGAAUCUAGAAGGGAUGCAUUUUAAGACUCUAAUUUAUGUUCAUUUCUUUUAAUCAGAUAUAGAGUUCUGUAUGACUGUAUCUGUCAGGUUGUGGCAUAGCUGAAGUGGAAGAGAUGUUUCUGACAUCAUGUUUGUUAAACUGA